CUAACAAUGUAUAUAUCUAAAACUAAAUAUUUAGGAACAAACAUUAUUUUAAUUUUUCUUUAAAACAAUACUGUCAUAUAAUUUAGAUGUUUGCCUCGUUAAAAUGUCAUCCACCCCCUUACGCUCUUGGGCUGUGCCACACCCUGGUCGUUUGCAUAGAUGUUAGUAGGUGGCUUUGGAUUGGUGGUUGUGGGUACGCCCUUUUCCUCCUUUUAAGGAGUGAGGAUGAAUGAAUGCGGACGAGAGUUGCUGGAGUGAUAAGUGUACUUGAGAGGAGAGUUGUGCGACCUCUUCCUGCUUUACAAAAAAUGUCAGCAGUAGUUUGACUCAAUCAGAUUGCCUGAAUAUUGGACUUGAUACCUUCUUUAACUUCAAAUAUUGCCACAAAAUUCAGGAACUGUUUUGAUUCCUGUGUCCAAGCUCCCUUGAUCUGUACAAUGAAUCUCCACAUAUCCAAACAGGAAAUGCAAAGUUCCAGCAGCUGUUAUGUAGAAGGAGACAAAAGGAAUCCGCUCCCCAUGCGCCUGAAAAGAAAUUACCUUGAAGAGUCUGUGUCAUCGUAUUCCAGCAGGGCUAUCAUUUCUCACUUUUUGGACCAAGCUACAAAGAAAAGUAGUUUAACAGCUCAAGACUUUGACUUCUCAUCAAGGAAUCUGUCUCAUUCCACUUCAGAAUCAUUUCAGGAGGAUAGAAGCAGCAACUGUUCCAAAGAUAGUGUACAGGACCUUGGCUCUCCUUUCAGUCAGUACCAGACUUCAAAUAACAUUGAAGGGGAUAGAAUGCUCGACAAACACUUGCAAGCAAAGAGGGCAAGAGUAGAGAACAUCAUCCAAGGAAUGAGCAGUUCUCCAAACGCCAUUCUCCUCAACAGUGAGCUUGAGAGGGACUGUAGCCAACAACCUGGAAGUCUGGCAGACCGAUACAAAGAGAAUAAACGGAAGCAGAGACUUCCUCAACAGCAGCAAACACAUAAGGAGAAUCCCUGGAAACUCUCCAAAUUAACUGCACCCUUGAAGAAUAACAAGAAAGAAGAGUGUCAUCAGUUGAAGCAGCAGCUACAGGAUAUGCAAGGAAAACUCCUUGAACUUCAAGAAAAGUUUUUUCAGAUGUAUGAUGCCAGUGAGUCUGAACAGGAGGAUACCUCUGAUUGUAGCUUCCAUCUGGGUGUUCCUGAUUGCAAUGGAGAAAAUACUCCAGAAAGAUGCCUUUCAGAAAUGGACCAAGAUUAUGACUAUGCUCAAUCACUUGGCCAAGAAGAAGAAAUAACAAUGCAAAAAGAUGGCAACAAACAUGAUAUAAACAGCAAAUUUAACAAUCACACACAAUUUUCUUUCUCUCUUGUCAAGGGUGGCUAUCUUGCGGAGGCACUUAAGUAUGAAUUAACUAAUGCAGUGGUUCACAUUGUAGAUUCAGCAGUGCAGCUGUUCUGUCUGAAACCUUCAAACAUCUCCUCCCAAGCGUUUCAAAACUUGCCACCCUCCCUGCCUAAGGGUGUCGUGCCGAAUGAGAACACAAACUUGAGGAUGGCCAGUCAUGGGCUUCGCUGCUCUCCAGAUUCGAUGAUACACAGAUGUCAUGACAAUUCUCAAAACCCUUCUUUCUAUGACAUUCAGGAUCAGACAGAAGCAAUACCAUUAGUAGUGAGGAAAUCCUUCCAAAACCAAUCUAGCAUUGGUAACUCUGUUAUUAAACAAUCUUGCCGAAUGCCAAAUACCGAGACACCUUUAUCAUUAGCGCUAGGCUCACAAAUACCUCUGGCUGAGUUGCCUGAACCUCUGUUGAGAUACAGUUUGCACAAUGACAUAAGACAUUGCCUGUCAGCUACUGCAAAGGAUACUUCAUAUUCUGAAUCAACGCCCCUUUCAUGGGAUGCAGGCAAGCUAAGACCGAAGGUUAUCUCACAUCAUAUGGCAGACCAACCAUACCCAUGCUUGGGUCAAAGUGCAGCAGAGAAUCUCUGUCUUUCUCGCAUCAAGUCUGAACGUGGAGAGCUGCAUUCCAUGGAAGAUGCCACUCCAUUCAAAUCUAUUAAUGAGGGACUAACACCUAAUCACCUGAAGAAAGCCAAGUUGAUGUUCUUCUAUAUCCGUUACCCCAGCUCAGCUACGUUGAAAACAUACUUCCCAGAUGUUAAGUUUAACAGAUGCAUCACGUCACAGCUCAUCAAAUGGUUCAGCAACUUUCGAGAGUUUUACUAUAUCCAGAUGGAGAAAUUUGCCCGACAGGCUGUAAAUGGUGGCAUAACCAAUGCCAAUGAUCUAAAAGUCAACAGAGACUCCGAACUUUACCGUGCACUCAACAUGCACUACAAUAAAGCCAAUGAUUUUCAGAUUCCCAAGCAGUUUUUGGAAGUUGCGGAAGUGACGCUUCGAGAAUUUUUUAAUGCAAUCUACUCUGGAAAAGACUCAGACCCUUCCUGGAAAAAGAACAUUUACAAGGUGAUCUGUAAACUGGACAGUGAAGUCCCUGAGAUAUUUAAUUCUCAGGGGAGUCUGCAAGACAUCCUGUACAAUUAGAAUAGUGGGCUGCACCAGCUUCUAGCUCUGAGCAAAUGGUGGGGGCAACAUACUGCAACAAUGCACGUUUUGAUGUUGGGGACAAUUGGAGCCAAUCAGGACUGAUAUUGAUAGGCUUUUUUUGUCACAGUAUCGAGGGAUGUGAACUAAAGCUUGAGAUGCUUGUUAGCCACAAUCUAAUUGGAAGACUCAAGGGCCUGAAUGGUCUAGUACUGUUGCUGUGUUCAGAGUUUUAAAUAAAAUCUGUUUCGAUUUCUUCUCAUCCCCCAAGCUACGUUCCAUUUGAACAUGAGGACUACACCAGUAGAAUUUCCUCUUGUACAGGAUGAAAAUUUCUGGUUGUGAAAAUAAAUCAGUGGACUCAAACAUUGAUCUGAAUGAUCCAGAGAAUGGAAAGUUGUCACUUCAUCCUCAUUCUACUGCAUUCCCAAUUAGAGUCCUGCUGAGCAAGAAUGGACAUGCCUGAGGGUAAAGGAAAUUCAGUGGGGAUCUCACCAUUAGCAGAAUUGGGGUGUGUCCAGGAGGCUUGAAGCAGCUAGUAUCUAUCAAACGCCGUGGCUAUACAGGCACUAGGAACCUAGAAACCUAGAAUGGGGGACCUCCAUACACAGUAGGAGUGAAGCCAAGGUUAUUUACCCUUUCAUCAGAGGGCGCGUGAGGUCUUAUGGCUCUAUGGGUAGUGUCCCUGCCUCUGAACCAGAAGCUGCAGGUUCAAUUCCAACUCGAGACCUUGGUGUCCAUGAAAGGAGCAUUCAUGAUUCAGUUCCCAAAUUCUGUGCAAAUUUAUCCAUCCAUUCCUGAAGGAGGAAAAAUCUGUGUGAAGAUUAGAAAAAGAUAUCAGAGGGUAUGUAGAAUUUCACUGGAAAUAUUAAUACUUCUAUAAAAAUGUAGAAAAUUGUGAGAAGAAGCAAGACAUUUGUCCCCGACUUAAAUGAAAGGAUCAGAAGUUACAUUCUGAAAUAAAGCACUGGUUCCCACUGUUUUAUUCCCAAUUACAGUGUGAUGACAGGAUACAGAGCUGGUCAGAGAGAAGACUUGACCAACUCGUUUUUGAUCAACUUCUUGAGGAAGUUGGUUAAAUUGCUUGACACUUUGUAUCAUAACCUUUAGGAAAAUAAUGAAAAUAAUGAACUACACACACUGGAUUUUCUGAUCUGUGUUGGCUGCCAUGUUAUCUCUCAGAGAAUCCAAUGUAGUGAGUUCAGAAGGAACAGUAGUCUGGCAGGGAUGAGGACAAAAUUGAAUACAUCUAUUUAAAAAUAAAUUAAGUAGUAAAAUCUUGCACGCAAAAUAAAUUUUUCUCAAACAUAUUGCAUCAUUCAUUCCACUUGGGAUUACUGUAUAUUUUAAGAAGUUCAUUCAUAGUUUGUGGAUGUCGCUGCCUAAAACAGCAUUAGUUGCCCAUCCCUAAUUGCCCAGAGGCCAGUUAAGAGUCAACCGCAUUGCUGUGGGUCUAGAGUCAUAUGUAGGCCAGACCAGAUAAAGAUGGCAGAUUUCUUUCUCUAAAAGGCAUUAGCAAAACGAGAUGAGUUUUCCCCAACAAUCAACAAUGAUCACUAUCGAACUCUUAAUUUCAGAUUCUUCUUGAAUUUAAAUUCCACCAUUUGCCAUGGCAGAAUUCAAACCGAGGUCCCCAGAAUAUUACCUAGGUUUCUGAAUUAAUAGUUUAGUGUUAGUACCCUUAGGCACUCACCUCCUCUGAUACUUGAUGGACUGAUUGACAUUCAGUUUUAGGUUUUGGCUACUACUUAGGUCAGCAAGAAUUCAUUACUUCAUUUAAUGGCUGAUUAGAUAGUUUAAUUUCAGGUAGAACAUUGCACAUGGCCAACCCUUUCAGACUGUCACUUGUGUGAUGUCACAUGAGGAGUCAAAGGUCAGUAGUAUCAUAUCAUUUACUGCAUGCUCACUUUGCCUUUUAAAAUAUCUCAGCGGCACUUUUGCUACAAUACAAAGGUUUUCUUUGUGCAUUUUGUAUGUCAACAUUUUAAACUCAUGCUCUAUUACCUAGAAUGUUCUAGACAGAAGCAGGCCAUUUGGCCCACCAGGUCUAUUCCAGUUUUAAUUGCUUCACCAAUGACGGUCAUGCCGUUAGCCACUUCAGACCAGUGGUCUGAAACUUCCUCUGAAACGUAACUGAACCUUUGAUUUAGGCUGGCUGCAAUUCUUCACAGAUUUAUUUGUAAAUGUUUACUUUCUGCUUAACAAGCCAUUACUGCUCCACUCUCAGAAACUGAUAGUUGUGGGUGAUUUGUAUUUUAAAAUUGAGUGAGGCCUCACCCAUCCCCAAAUGACAAUUUCAUAAUGUACAUUUAUUUCAUUUUCUUGGUUUUGCAAGGCCAGCCCUUUUCUGUUUAAUCUUGAGUGGCCUGAUGGGCCCUUUCAGAGGGCAAUUAAGAGUCAACCACAUAUAUGUGGAAAUGGAGAGAAGAUAUGGUUAGCAGAUUUCCCAUCCCCAAAGCCAGUAGUGAAUCAAAAGGGUUUUUCACAGUCACCAUUAUAUUCCAGUUUUAUUAAUCACAAUGAGAAAUGAACCCCCAUAUUCAGAGUAUUGGAUUUGGCCUCUGGAUCACAAGACUUGUUACAUUACCAUGAUGCCACCACCUCCCUUAGCUGCCAUAUUAUAUCAGGAACAGCGAGUUUUGAGAAGAUUUGUUUUCCUAAUUUCCUAAAUUCCUGUAGUUAUAGGAAGUCAAGGAUGAUGGGAUUUUAAUCUUAACUGCUUGGUAAUUCAGAACUAAACAUUGUUAAAAAGAAACAUGAAGUCAAAGCUUUUCAUCUUGUAUUCAUCAAGACUGACACACAAGAAACCUAAUCUUAGAAAAGGAAUAUCAAUUUAAACAACAUGAGAAGAUAAUGCUGAUUGGUUUGGACCAUAGGUGGUGUAAUGAUGCAAUAGGAAAUGUAAACUGUCAAUCUUAGUUAGCUGUUUAAACUCAGACAAGGCAGGUAUAAUUAGUAUCAUAGGAAGUCAUAAAUAUCUCAUCUUGAUUAUUUGUUCCUGGCUGCAGGUUACUCGUGUUUAUUUUUCUAUAAAUGCAUACAGUACCAAUGUAACCCUCCAUCUCCUAAAUGCUUGCAAUUUAUAAG